UACAUCAUCUGCAAACAUAAGCGCAACAAAGCCAUGGUUCAUUUCGACAGACUUACCGAUUUCCGUACGUGGCGUUCUGAUUGGAAAGUCUCCGUUAAGAUCGUCAGGAAAUGGAACAAGAGGGAAGCCAACGUCUCCACUGUUGAACUGAUUGUCGCCGAUGUUUUCGCAAGGCGACAAGAUACAGGUAACAAUUAGUGAGAACCUAGUGGCCCAGUUCUAUGUACGUAGGAGGACUGAGGAGGAUGAGUGGAAAACCAUCUCGAAUUUCGCGCUGGAAAACGACACAUUCGCUGUCAAGGUCGUCGACACCAACUACCAGAUCAAAUUCACGGCUGACACCGUUGUUGAAAACAUUGAUGGCUUGUCGAACAACCACUUCAUCGACUACCAUAACUUCGACAAGAUUUAUGAUGGGUGGUCUGCUUUCUCCAAAAACUGCUGCUUAGAUACGAUGGGGGAAGUUACCAACGUCGAGCCAAUCAUUUACGUUGAUGAUCCAGCUGCUCCACGUUUAGCCGAAAAAUCCCGGAUGAAACGCUUUUCCUUGAGGAAUCUACAGGGUCAUCACUUGCAAUGUGUAGCUUAUAAUGAAGCCGCUGAUUACUUUACCCAUAACUUUUGGGUGGCCGAUUCAGGCAAACCAGUUGUUGCGGUCUUACGGUUUUGGAGGGCGAAGUUUAAGGAUAGAGGCGAAGGAGGAAUGGAGGUGGUCAGCCAACCGGGUGUUUCAAAAGUGUUGUUUUAUCCGUUGUUUCCAGAGGUGCAAAUUUCAAACUCAGGUUGGAGUACCUCAACCAGCGUGAGAGGAUAGUAGAUGAUGCGUAGCUUAUCUUUGCAUUUCGGCAAGUUGUUUUCAUUUAUAAUACUUAAACUACGUUCACUAUCCUAUUCUGUGUUUCGUACUUCUACG